CAUAACCUAAAGUCUUCAUUUUUUGGACUUCAUGUUCCAGUCAGCAGAAAAAAACUGACUGACUGAAGUCCAGAUGGAUGGUUGCGUGGAGGAAGAGGAGGACAGACCAGAGUCUCCAGUAUCCAGCUGUGUGUCUCUGAAGAGUGACUGGUCCAAAGAUCAACCUCCAGACUUCAGUAAUGAACCUGGACCUUCAGACACAAAACUGACUCAACUCCAGAUGGAUGGUUGCGUGGAGGAAGAGGAGGACAGACCAGAGUCUCCAGUAUCCAGCUGUGUGUCUCUGAAGAGUGACUGGUCCAAAGAUCAACCUCCAGACUUCAGUAAUGAACCUGGACCUUCAGACACCAAAGGGAGGAAGAGGAGAGGAGUUUGUGUGGAGGAGCAGCCGUCCUGCUGUCCUUUGUGUCAGGACGUCCUGAAGGACCCAGUCUCUUCCAGCUGUGGACACUGGUUCUGCAGACGCUGCAUGAGCUCGUACUGGGACCAGUCUGCUCCACCAGGACCGUCCUCCUGUCCACAGUGUGGAGAAAGAUCCAGAACCAGAGCUGGACUGCAGACAGCCAGUCAGAGCAGAACUGUACCAGCAGAUGCUGCUCUGCAGGAGGUCCUAGAUGAACACAAGACCAGUCUGAGGAGCAGAUGUGAACAUGUGACCGAAGGAAUUGAUGAAGGAGGAAGUAGAACCCCCCUCAACAGGAUCUACACGGAGCUCUUCAUCACAGAGGGACUGAGUGAAGAGGUUGAUACCCAACAUGAGGUGAUGCAGCUGGAGACAGCUUCCAGGAUGAAGAGCCUCCAUGACGCUCCAAUCCGGUGCCAGGACAUCUUUAAAGCCUUACCUGACCAACGUGGAGCCAUCAGAGUGGUUCUGACCAACGGUGUCGCUGGCGCUGGGAAAACCUUCUCGGUUCAGAAGUUCUCUCUGGACUGGGCCGAGGGCCCGGAGAACCAAGACGUCACCGUGGUGAUUCUGCUCUCGUUCAGGGAGCUGCACCUGAUCAGAGAUGAGCAGCUCAGUCUUCUCAGGCUGAUCCAGGUUUUCCAUCCAUCGUUCCAGAAGCUAACAGCAGAGCAGCUGGCUGCCGGGAAACCGUUGUUCAUCUUUGACGGCCUGGAUGAAAGCAGACGUUCCCUGGACUUCAACAACGGUCCGGUGGUGUCUGACGUCACACAGAGCUCAUCGGUCAACGUGCUGCUGACCAACCUCAUCCAGGGGAACCUGCUUCCCUCAGCUCUCAUCUGGAUCACUUCCAGACCUGCAGCAGCCAAUCAGAUCCCUCAGAAACACGUGGACAGGGUGACAGAAGUACGAGGCUUCACCGACGGCCAGAAGGAGGAAUACUUCAGGAGGAGGUUCAGGGAUGAAGAGCGGUCCAGCAGCAUCGUCUCCCACAUGAAGACAUCCAGAACCCUCCACAUCAUGUGUAAUCUCCCAGUCUUCUGCUGGAUCACUGCUACAGUUUUAGACCACAUGUUGACCACAGAGCAGAGAGGAGAGCUGCCCAAGACCCUGACUGACAUGUUCUCCCACUUCCUGCUGGUCCAGACCAAGAAGAAGAAGAACAAGUACCAGGAGGGACACGAGACGAAUCCACAGGAGCUGAUGGAGGCUGACAGGGACCUUCUCCUGAAGCUGGGGAGGCUGGCGUUUGAACAUCUGGAGAAAGGAAACAUCAUGUUCUACCAAGAAGACCUGGAGCAGUGUGGUCUUGAUGUCUCAGAGGCCUCGGUGUACUCAGGAGUUUGUACCCAGAUCUUCAGGAGAGAGUGUGAGGUCUUCCAGAAACCCGUCUACUGCUUUGUUCAUCUGAGCAUCCAGGAGUUCCUGGCUGCAGUCUACGUGCUCCACUGUUGGUCCACCAGAAACACAGAUGUGCUGGGGAACUUCCUUAAGGAGGAGAAUGAUGAUAAUGAUGAAGAAGAUGACAGUGACUGGGAUGAUGAGAUUUACCACUUCCCAUCACUACCUGUACUUUUGCACUUAGUCACCAAAAAAUCCCUGGAGAGUAAAAAUGGCCACCUGGACCUGUUUGUCCGCUUCCUUCAUGGUCUCUCUGUGGAGUCCAACCAGAGACUGUUAGGAGACCUGCUGAACCAGACGGAGAACAGUCCAGAAAUGAUCCAGACAAUCACCAACAACCUGAGGGAGACGAUAUAUAGAGAUAGAUUAAUCUCUCCUGACAGAAGCAUCAACAUCUUCCAGUGUCUGAUGGAGAUGAACGACCUCUCAGUUCAUCAGCAGAUCCAAGAGUUCCUGAAGUCAGAGAACAGAUCCGAGGAGAAGCUCUCUGAGAUUCAGUGUUCAGCUCUGGCCUACAUGCUGCAGAUGUCAGAGGAGGUUCUGGAUGAGUUGGACCUGGACAAGUACAAGACAUCCUCUAUGGGUCGACUGAGACUGAUGCCAGCUGUGAGGAACUGCAGAAAGGCUCGGCUCCCUGAAUGUUGGCUCUCAGCAAUCCACUAUGAAAUCCUGGUCUCUGCUCUGAAGUCCAGCCCCUCCCACCUAACGGAUCUGGACCUGGCAGGAAGCAAACUGCAGGACUCAGGAGUCCAGCAGCUGACCGCUGGCCUGCAAAGUCCACAUUGCCGAGUGGAGCGACUUUGGCUGGGUAACUGUGGACUGUCAGAAGUCAGUUGUGCUGCUCUGGUCUCGGCUCUGAAGUCCACGUCGACCCUGACAGCUCUGGACCUGAGCAGAAACCCCCUGCAGGACUCGGGAGUGGCACAGUUGUCUGCUGGACUGGAGAGCCCAUCGUGUAGACUGGACACUCUCGGUCUGAGUUCCAGCGGGUUGUCAGAGAACAGCUGCUCUUCUCUGGUCUCAGCUCUGAAGUCCAACCCCACCCAUCUGAAACAUCUGGACCUGAGUAACAAUGACCUGCAGGAUGCAGGAGUGAAACAUCUGUGUGGUUUUCUGGAGAGUCCAGAGUGCAGACUGGACACUCUGAGACUGAACCAGUGCGAGUUGUCAGGGAGCUGCUGUUCACCACUGUCCUCAGCUCUGAAGUGCAGGAGCUCCACUCUGAGAGAGCUGGACCUGAGCUACAACCAGCUGCAGGACUCUGGAGUGGAGCUGCUAACACCAGGACUGAAGAGUCCAAACUGCAAGCUGGAAACCCUGAGGUUGAAGUGCUGUCUCCUCACAGACAAAAGCUGUGCUUCUCUCACAUCAACUCUGAGCCUCGGUAUCUCCAGACUGAAAGAACUGGAGCUGAGUCACAACAAGUUGUUGGAUUCAGGAACCAAACAUCUCUCUGCUGGACUCCAGAGCCCAAACUGUCGACUGGAAACUCUGAAGUUGAAGGACUGUGGGAUCACAGCAGAAGGCUGGGCUUCCCUGGUUUCUGCUCUGAAGUCCAAACCGUGCCGUCUGAAACAUCUGGACCUGAAUCUGAACAAGCUGCAGCUGGAUUCAGGAGCUACGCACCUGUCAGAUCUGGUGGAGGAUCUGGUGGAGAUUCAGGUGUAAAUGAACCGGGACGCUUCAGAGAAAGAGAUGCUGCUGCGCCAUCUGGAUGGAUCAGCCACUUUCGUUAUCAUUUAUUUUUACGCAUUUACUUGUGGGAAGUUAGCCUGGUUUUUCACGUAUGUUCUGACUAGGGAUGUAACGAUACACUAAUCUCACGAUACGUUACGAUACACGAUAUUGAGGUCACGAUAACGAUACGAUACGAUAUUAUAGCAGUAUUUUUUUAACAACCUUGAA